AUGCGGCGGGGCCCUCCCCCGGGCUCGGCCGCGUCCCCGCACAAGCAGGCGCCCAACUUCUAUAGCGACAACAGCAACAGCUCAGUGAGCACCACCUCGGGGGACAGCAGCGGCCAUCGGUCAGCUGGGCCGGGCCCCGGGGAGCCCGAGGGCAGGAGAGCCCAGGGCUCGAGCUGCGGUGAGCCCGCCUUGAACCCAGGACUGCCCGGAGGAGCACCGCGGAGCCACAGUGCGCCGACCGCCGAGGGCGCGGCAACCGUGAGGGGCGGGGCCUCGGAACCGGCUGGCUCUCCCGUGGUCUCCGAGGAGCAGUUCCACCUUCUCGCGGCCCUGGAUCUGAGGCAGGAGAUGCAGUCCCCGCGAGUGUUCAAGAGCUUCCUGAGCCCACUUUUCCAGGUGCUGAGCGUGUGUGUGUCCCCGCUAGGAGACGUGCUGGUCAGUGUGUACAGGGAAGUCUGUUCCAUUCGCUUCCUGCUCACGGCUGUGUCACUGCUGAGCCUCUUUCUGACAGCACUCGGGUGGGGUGUCCUGUACCUGGUCCCUCCUUUGGAGAGUGAACCUGAGCUGCUGACUAUCAGCGAGUACCACGAGCGCGUGCGCACGCAGGGGCAGCAGCUGCAGCAGCUGCAGGCCGAGCUGGACAGGCUCCACAAGGAGGUGUCCAGCGUCCGCGCAGCCAACAGCGAGAGAGUGGCCAAGCUCGUAUUCCAGAGGUUGAAUGAGGACUUUGUUCGAAAACCCGACUAUGCGCUGAGCUCCGUGGGAGCCUCCAUCGACCUAGAGAAGACAUCCCGCGACUACGAGGACGAAAACAGCGCCUACUUCUGGAACCGCUUCAGCUUCUGGAACUACGCGCGGCCCCCCAUGGUGAUCCUGGAGCCUGAUGUGUUCCCUGGGAAUUGCUGGGCUUUUGAGGGGGACCAGGGCCAGGUGGUGAUCCGGCUGCCGGGCCGUGUGCAGCUGAGCGACAUUACCCUGCAGCAUCCUCCUCCCAGUGUGGCACACACCGGGGGGGCCAACAGUGCCCCCCGCGAUUUCGCAGUCUAUGGCCUCCAGGUUGAUGAUGAGACGGAAGUUUUCCUGGGGAAAUUCACCUUCGACAUGGAGAAAUCUGAGAUUCAGACUUUCCGCCUACAGAAUGACCCCCCAACUGCCUUUCCCAAGGUGAAGAUACAGAUUCUAAGCAACUGGGGUCACCCCCACUUCACAUGCUUGUAUAGAGUCCGAGCCCAUGGCAUGAGGACCUCGGAGGAAGCAGGAGACAGUGCCACAGAGGGGCCCAAUUAA